AUGUCGAAUCUGCUGACGGAUGAUGAAGAUCUGCACAUACACAUUCACGGCGAGAAAAGCGUUAGGAUAGAGUUCUUGGAAGAAGGGGAUUUUGAGGGUUCCGGAGAUAUCGAAGAGGAUGAAAGACGAAUCAAGGCGUCUACUGCAUGGCUCGUUAUCGGCGCAGCUGCACUUCUGUUACUGGGAAUCAUCGCAAUAAUCGCCCUUCGAACUCGAUCUCAGCACAACAAGAAUAAACGCGAACGGGAAGAAAUUCAGUACUCGAAAGGAGCAACUUACAUCGAUCCAAAUAUUUAG